GCACAGUUUCUGAACUUCAUCACACAAAAACAUGGCACCUUCUUCUUUCUCUUCAUCAGCUAACAUUGUUGCAUCAGCUGUGUUAUUACUGCUUCUUACUGCAGGAACAUCCUCGGCUAACCUCUCAAACAACUUCUAUUCUAAGACAUGUCCCAAUGUUUUCAACACAGUCAAAUCUGUCGUUAAAUCUGCUGUGGCCAAAGAACCUCGCAUUGGAGCAUCUAUUCUUCGCCUCUUCUUCCAUGAUUGCUUUGUUAAUGGUUGUGAUGGGUCAUUACUGCUUGAUGACACUCCAUCAUUUUUGGGAGAGAAAACUGCAGCUGCUAACAACAAUUCAGUGAGAGGUUUUGAAGUAAUCGAUAACAUCAAAUCUAGGGUGGAGAAUCUGUGUCCUGGUGUUGUCUCGUGUGCUGAUAUCUUGGCCAUUGCUUCUCGUGAUUCUGUUGUCCUUCUUGGAGGGCCAUUUUGGAAAGUGAAGGUUGGAAGAAGGGAUUCUAGAACAGCAAAUUUCAGUGCUGCUAACACUGGUGUUAUUCCACCUCCUACCUCUAAUCUCACCAAUCUUAUUAACACGUUUCAAGCUCAAGGACUCUCUGCUAAAGACAUGGUUGCCUUAUCUGGAGCUCACACAAUCGGAAAAGCGAGAUGUACUAGUUUUAGAGAUCAUAUAUACAAUGGAACUAACAUUGACAGAAAAUUUGCACUGGCGAGACAGAGAAAGUGUCCAAGAACUAAUGGCACAGGAGACAAUAACCUAGCAGUUCUAGACUUGAGAACUCCGAAGCAUUUUGAUAACAACUACUUCAAGAACCUCCUGAACAAAAAGGGAUUACUGAAUUCUGAUCAGGUGCUUUUCAAUGGUGGAUCCACUGAUUCACUGGUCAGAACUUACAGUGAGAAUAACAAGGUCUUUGAUUCUGACUUUGUUACAGCAAUGAUCAAGAUGGGAGAUAACAAACCCUUAACUGGGUCACGAGGAGAGAUUAGGAAGAACUGCAGGAGAGUGAAUUAAAUACGCAUAAAUUUGUUUGAGUUGAUAAAGGAUUUCUGGUGAAUUGGGAAAUUGUAAUCUGGUUUGUUUAACUCAACUUAAAUUGUGAUGUACUGUGGAAUAAAUUGUAAUCUUUGCCUUUUUUACAAAGUGAAAUGCACCUUGUUGAGUGAUUUCUCGGACAAA